CUGCCACGUGACCCCUGUGAAGAAAUUCUUCCGGUCUCCGUGUCCCUCAGAAAGGAAAAUGGCGGCUCUUGGACAGCUAUCUCGACUGUUGCUGCGGUCUUCUUUGACCCAGAGCCGGCGUCAGCUCUCUGCUGUCGCCAAAGGCGGCGAGCACUCAGCCAGGACAUGGAAGAUCCUGACCUUCGUGGUCGCUCUGCCCGGCGUUGCCGUGUGCAUGUUGAACUUGUUCUUGAAGCAGCAGGAACAUGGCCACGAACGUCCAGAGUUCGUCCCUUACAGCCACCUCCGCCUUCGCUCUAAGCGUUUCCCUUGGGGCGAUGGCAACAAAACCCUUUUCCACAACCCACACGUGAACGCCCUCCCUGAUGGCUAUGAGGAUGCUGACGAGUAAACCUCCUCCCUCCAGACCUCAGAACGGGGACCAGUCCUCCCUCAGCGUUUGUUACCGGACCACACCUCCACACAGUUUACUCUCCAUUAUUUUUGUUGCGUUUACCUCUGUGCUCUCGACACGGGGCACCCGAACCAACUGCUCUGGACCAUUAAACAAAAUGUCUGCUUAAUCUGAAUUAUUAACCUAAAUAAAGUUAACUGUUAUUACCUUGA